UAAACUUCGUUUAACACAACGGUGGAAUCGGUCCUUAAUACCAAUUUCCACCCAUUGAAUAAUUUAUUAAAAAAAUUAAUUAUCUACAUUUUUACUUCAAGGCAUACAAACUUGUUUAUUUUUAAAAACAUGGACGAUCAAUCUAUAUAACAAUCUGUAACAUUGAUCCUGUCAAAUCACCAGGCCCACAGGGUUGCCAAUAUCCAUGAGCAACCCAAACACAUACUUUACACCAACUUCAAAUGAAAAAUAUCCGAAUUUUUAGAUUCUAUCGAGUUAGACUUCCAUCAAUGUUAGAUCCCUUUUAAGAUAGACCAACCUAGUCUUCAUAAAACCAACUUAAGUCCCUUUUAACGAUACAUUUUGACAUACCUACUUCACAUUGCUGACAUUUUCCAAACUCUAUCUUGGUUUACAAGCCGUCAAAUCCAGGAAUUUAGUUUUCAAAAAUGUUAUCCCGUGAGGGGUCUGAUGAAAUAAAACAACCUACAAUUCGAGAUUCAAAACCCGAAUAUGAAUCCGUAAUCGACUCGGAAAUAACAGCAGAAAUAAUGAAAGAUUAUGAUAAAAAUAAGGCUCUUAUAGAAGAAUACAGACAAUCCAAAAUGAUUAAAGUUGAAACAAGUCCUACAUUAGCACCUCUAGAAAAGAUACUCUUUGAUAUGAUAAAACCUGUUCUUAACGAAAUUCUUUAUAGAAUACAUUGUGAAGAUGGUUUUUACAAACAAAAAUCUAGUUUUAACGGUUUGGAUUAUAUAAGCGAAUAUUGCUACAACUGUAAUCCAAAAUAUCCAGAACGAAAUAAGUCGUGGACAUAUAUUUUUGAUAUGCCCUGGGUAAAAGAUUAUUUAAAAGAACACCCUAGACCCUAUUAUCCAAAAUCUCUAUUGAUGUCGAAGAAUACAGCUGCAAAAUACAUUCAAGCACAUGUAAGAGGUUACUGGGUAAGAAAACGGUCUGAUCUUCUAGAAAUUAGACUGUUUUGGAAGACAAUUAAAUUUGAAAGAAACGCAAGUGGAAAGCUUUCAAUAACAAAAAAUGAAGAAUAAAUAGAAGAUUGUCCUCAUACAUAAUUUUCUAGAUAUAAUAUACAUACAUAUUAU